AUGGAGAUGUAUUCGAACUUCCAGCUAGAGCGGGUGGCCAUGCUGGCUGCCGGCCUGGCGACUAUCGCAUUCAUCUCCUUAAGAAUAUGGCGUCUCUUCAUUCACAAUCGGUUUGCACGGCGCCACGGUUGCCAGCCAGUCGCAAGGUCCGCCAACAAGGACCCUUUUCUAGGGCUUGAUACCAUCCGUCGAGGUAUCCGUGCUGCCCGUGAGCACAAGACCCUUGAAAAGAGUUGUGAACGCUUUCGCCUCUACGGGAACACGUAUACUUCAAAAAUGUUCCUGACACCCGUGAUUGUCAGCGUGGAACCUGAGAAUAUCAAGACGGCCUUAGCCGUUAACUUUACAGACUAUGGUAUUGCCCACCGCUUUGAAGUAUUUAAACCGCUCCUAGGGAAGGGAAUAUUCGACACCGAUGGUGACCACUGGGCCAAAUCGCGUGCCCUAAUCCGGCCCAACUUUGCCCGUGACCAGGUGGCAGACUUGACAAUGUUUGAAAACUUGAUCUCGGACCUCUUCGCGCUGAUUCCGCGUGACGGAAAGACGGUCGUAGACCUACAGAGUCUCUUCUUUCGAUAUACCACCGACUCUGCCACCGAGUUCCUGUUCGGAGAGUCAGUUGGCAGUUUGCAGAAGUCUCAGUCGGAGUUUGGUUUCACCGUCGCCUUUAACUAUGCCCUGAAUGCCAUUACGACGAAGGGGAUGCUAGGACCCCUAGGCGUCUUUUAUCGGGACCGGAAAGCGGACGAAUCCAACCGCAUCUGCCGAGAAUUUGCAGAACAGUUUGUAGAGAAAGCGAUCCACGCCGUUCAGCCUGACCAGGAAGGGGAAGAGAAAACAAACCCCCAGACGAAGCGCCAGAAAUAUAUCUUCUCGCAUGAACUGGCAUCUCGCACAUCUGACAAGCGCCGUAUCUUGGAUGAGCUCAUGAACGUUCUAAUUGCCGGACGCGAUACCACUGCCAGCCUUCUGAGCAAUAUGUUCUUUAUGCUGGCCAAACAUCCGGCGAUAUGGGCUAAACUACGCGCGGAAGUGGCUAGUUUAGAGGGUCGUUUGCCCACCUAUACUGAGCUCCGAAACCUCAAAUAUGUUAAGUUCUCAUUGCGUCUGCAUCCCGUUGUACCGGUGAACGAUCGCCUGGCGAUGCGGGAUACCGUUCUCCCAAUGGGAGGAGGCAAGGAUGGCCUGUCACCAGUUUUCGUUCCCAAGGGCACCCUAUUCAGCUACAAUGUAUAUGCAAUGCAUCGGCGGACGGACCUCUACGGGGCCGACGCAGAAGUAUUCCGUCCGGAGCGCUGGGAGGAUGGACGGCUUCAGCCUCGCUGGGGGUAUCUGCCCUUUAACGGCGGGCCACGCAUCUGCCUGGGCCAGCAAUAUGCGUUGACCGAAGCUGCCUACGUCACCGUCCGUAUGGCCCAGGAAUUCCAAGUCUUGGAGAGUCGUGAUGCAGGACCAUGGGAGGAAUCGUUGACCUUGACCCUAUGUUCCCUAAAUGGAACAAAGGUAAGUGUCACUCCUGCUUAA